AACCGGCUGGGAGAGCUUAUAAAUUCUAUUGGCAAUAUAAUUGUGCUAUAUCGACAUAUAGAUAUCAGAUAUGAUUUGAGGCAAAGGGGUUACCAACUACAUUUGAGUAUGGCAAGUUCUCGUCAUUUGAAAGGGACAUUGUUAUCAAGGGUGAAAGACCUGUUGAAAUCGGGUGUUCUUAAGGAUAAGCCCGUAUGGUACGAUGUUGUAGUUGCAUUUCCACCAAUAGUUGAAGCUGAUUUACUUGAGGAGCCAGGUCUGGAGAAUGUUGGAAGAAUAGCUCAUUCUGAAGACUCACUGCGCAGAGACGGACCAUCUCUCCAACACGCGGUUGAAGACAAGUCUUGGACGCACUACGAUUUCCUGAAUUCAAGAAACAGCGAAACGAACAUUAAGGAAGAUCUUAAAUAAACUGCAUGGCACUGCCGGUAUGGACGUCUAACUAUAUAUUUUCUUUGAAUCAUUGUUUUACUAUACGAAAUCUCUAUAUUAUAUAUAUACCAGUCGUUGAUAUAUUCCGUGUGACAUUCAUGAAUUGCUUUUUGAAAUGCUAGAUAUAUACAUAUAAGUGCAUGCAUGGAUAUUAAACUUUGACAACAAUUUUGACAACCACACUGAAGGUUGUGAACCGUCGAACAAUAGUAUGAUCAAGUCGUUUCAAUACUUUUGUUUUAUGUAUAAAUUUGUUGAAAUUGUUGUAAUAGGAUUGCUUCUUAAAGUUGUUGUUAAGUUGCAUCCAAGGUUACAAAAGCAAGCCUGGUCCUUAUUAUCUUUUUACAAAUUGAUUAACGACUUACAUGAUAUAUAGUUUAACCAGGUUUUUCAGUGCAUUGGAAUUUCAGAAAGAAUUCAUGGUUUUACGAAAUUCACUGAACGGGCGAAAGUAAUUUCGUUAUUGACUGUAAAUGUAAUUAGCGCGGAUAUCAUAUUCGUCAUGAUAUAUUUGAUGUGUUGUAGUUGAUUUAUAAAUAUA